ACGUUGAACGUUCCAAGCGGAAACCGGAAGUGGCGAGACGCAUGCGUGCCUGAAGCCAGGAGCCGCUGCCCUUUUGAGGGCAUUCUUUUAUUUUCCCGGGAAAAAAAAGGAGAAUAACAACAAGCCGCCAUGUCGGACCCGCCCGGUCCUCCAUCGGAGCCGGAGUGCGCCCUCCGCCGCCGCCUUCCCCGCCGCCUUCCCCGCCGCCGCACCGACAUCUACGUCAACAUGAAGACGGACUUCAAGGCGCAGCUGAGCCGCUGCCAGAAGCUGCUGGCCCCGGGUUCGGGCGUCCGCGAGAUCUGCGUCCACGGCCUGGGUCUGGCCAUCAACCGGGCCAUCAACAUCGCCCUCCAGCUGGAGGCCACAGGGGCCGGCACCCUCCGCCUGGACGCCCAGACCUCCACCGUGGAGCUGGCCGACGCCGCCGAGCCCCAGACCGACACCGACGAGGCCGCCCUCCGCACACGCAACAACUCCGCCAUCCACAUCCGUGUCUGUCGUGUAGGUCCUGAAUAGUCCAGACCCGAAUUGUGGAUUGCAAGCUUGCAAAACGCAACCCUUGGUCCCGAUUCCGCCCCGUUCUUCAUUUCCAAGGAUUUUGGACUCCACAAAACCCACAACUCUGUGAUCCAAGGGUGUGUCUCCACUGUGGGAUGAAUACCCUCUGGCCCCU